AUGCCAAAACUAAGCAGCAUCUGGAGCAGAAAUCAGUUACAAGAGAGGAUGCAAGAGGAGAACAAGUUAACGCUUCUAGCAAACAAUAGCACACAUUCGAAGAGAGUUGAACUUGCUCUCAAGAUCAAAGGCAUAUUUUUAGAGUUUGUGCGAAACAAGAGUCCUUCUCCAACACAACCCAGUUCACAAAGGGGUACCGUGCUGAUUCACAAUGGUAGAGCUAUUGUGGAAUCACUUGUCAUCAUUGAAUAUAUCGAUGAAACUUGGAAGCAUGAACCUAAACUACUGCCAAUAGAGCCUUACGACAGAGCCAGAGUUCGUUUCUGGGCUGCAUAUCCAAGAUCAUGUUUUCCCAGGGAGAAGCACAGAAAAGCGUGUGAAAAACUGUGGGAGAGACAACAAGUGCUGGAAGAAGGAAUGAAAGGUCGCAAAAUCCACAGAGAACAGUGGGAUGCUCUGGAUAUCAUGAUGGCUGCAACACUAUAUGCUUACAAGGCUCAGGAAGAGGUUCUUGCCGUGAAGAUUCUCCACUCAUAUCUUCCUGGUGACAACAUUACUAGAGCAGACUGUCGUGAAAGAAGUUAUUCCUCCACAUGA